UUACUAUUGUUAAUUAUUAUUAACAAUGGGUAAUAUCAAAUUGUUUGAAAUUAUUAAAAAUAAUGUUAUCUCUGCUAGACAUUACAUUGUAUCAUACUAGUGUUGUAAUAUUAUAAUUAUAUAACUAGUCAAAUGUAAUAAUAGUAUUUUGUACUAUACAUAAAUUACUAUCGUUAAAAUAUCAUAUUCUAUAUUAUUAAUUGCAUAUAGAAUUUAAUGUUGCGCACUUUCUUCACCCGCUUCUUGUGCAUUGAUUUUGAUCAAGCUUGGCACAAAUAUAGAACUCGACGAGUUUCAGUACUUGUCGAAACUGGAAUUUUUAAAUUUGGCCCAGAAUUGAAGAGAUUUGAAAUCGAAGUUAGCCCAAAUUAAUUUUUCUAUUGUGUUCUUUACAAUUUAAUUGCCUUCUACUAACAAAUAUUUGCAAAUUUCAAAUUCUCUGUACAAAUGUCGCGGACAAUAGGAAAAAUAAUAACAUUACUUUAGUUGGUUAUAUAUGUAUAUAUAUAUAUAAUAUAUUUGGCAAAAUAUGGUGCUUACGUUUUUACGUAUAAAUAUUUUACACGUACAACGAUUAUAGAAUAGUUGGUUUUGUACAUAGUUGGUAAGUGUAGUUCAUAAGCAAAUGCCUAGAAAAAUUCGAUACAAAAAGAUAUAGUCCGAGUUACAGUCACAGGUCUUUUGUACCGCAUUUCUAUCUUCAGUUCGAUUGUGGUACCAUAGACUAAUUUAGUCCUUGAUGGCACACUAAAAUACAUAUUAUGAGUUACUAAACAAAAUCGCAGUUUAAAAGGAACAGGUCCUAAAACUGAUAAUAUCUACGCAUGAGCACAUACUUCGACUAAUUUACAACAAACAUUAAUCUAAAUUGAUAAGUAAUUGAAUUUUUGCAAGUAGUAAAAAUAGUCGAAAAUGUGAUUACAAAAAUUAUGUAAGAACGUAACUUAAACGUUCUUUAUAAUUGAUUUUUAUAUUGAAACUAACAAUUAUAGUGGAGGUACUACGGCGGAGUAUUGUGUAGUACAAAAAGUACAAAAAAAAUGGCAAUAUUUUAUUGUGAAAUGAAUAAUUAAAAAAUUUGUAAGCAUAUCGAGAACCGCAUAAGUGCAUGUAUUUCGACAAUUCUGUAUUCGCGCGCUCAAUUCGGAAGUGUGGCGAACAGCAGGGUCGUCGGUCAAGAAGAGUUCUGUUUGCAUUUAUGAACAAAUGAUUAAUGUUUAAAGCAAUCAUCGUUUGAUCGUUUUCAAUUUUACUUAAAAAAACAAAAUCGUUUACUAUUCAUUUUGUAAUUAAACCUUCAUUCAAGAACAUGUAUUAAAAUAAAAUUCCGAAUCAAUUUUUUGUUUGUAAAGUUUUGCGAUUAUUCGCUAGAUGGCACUAGUGGUACUGUUCCCAAAAAGAGCGCGUGAAAAUAUAAAUCGUGAAAUAUUUAUCCGAUAUUCUUUAAACUUUUUACAUUAAUCGCUUCACAAUGAUCUAUUGUCUUGUAUGUGCUUCUUAUACAUUAGGUUGUCGCGGUUCUUACGUUGUAAGUGUAAAUUGCACUGCAAUAUUCAAUUGUAAUAAACAUUAAUUUAUAUUCUUGCGUAAUUUCUGUAAGCACUUUUCUAACAUGUAAAGUAAAUAUAACAGCUUACUUUAAAUUAUAAGCGCGUAGUACUUUUAAAAGUGUUAUUAUUUAUUGAUUUUGGAAAUGCCUGUUAUUAAAAUAAGCAUGAAGACUAUUACAGGCGGCAGGGACAUAUUCCUGUUAGCUGCCAUUUUCCCGAGGGAAGCCUGAUUUGCUCUUGAUUGUAUAUACAAUACAAAUAUAUAAUUUUAUAAGUCAAUAAGAACAUUAAUACUUAUCAAUGGCAAGUAUAAUUGAUUGGUACAUAGUUAUUUUAUAUGUAAUAGGACUGUACGAGUAAUAGUAAAAGCGUUUAAUCUUUACACGAUGGGUCAGAUGUUAUUUUUAUAAGAUUAAAACAGCGGAUAACAAUAGACUAGUUAGAUCGGUGCAAUGCUUGCUUGUCAGUGAUACGUAUUCCGGUAACGAAUAAAGUAAGGAAAAUAAACAUAUUCGACACAAUGGCAUUGGACAUCCAAGGUUCUCUUAGAGAAGCUCUGUACGAGACAUUGACCGGAAUAUUAUCUCCUCAUCGGGAAACUCGUCAAGCAGCGGAACAAAGGAUACAAGCGUUGGAAGUUACAGAGGAGUUUGGUAUACAUUUAACAGAGUUUGUAGUAGAUCCUAAUGGACACCUACCUAUCAGACAGUUAGCAUCCGUAUUGUUGAAACAAUACGUGGAAACACAUUGGUCUUCUAUGGCUGAAAAAUUUCGUCCUCCUGAAAUAAGACACGCGACAAAGGAAAGAAUUAAAGAAUUACUGCCACUAGGUCUUCGGGAAUCAAUUAGUAAGGUACGAGCAGCUGUAGCUUAUGCGAUAUCGGCAAUCGCGCAUUGGGAUUGGCCCGAAAAUUGGCCAGGUCUAUUCGAUAUACUCGUCAGUUGUUUGAGCGGAGAAAGCGAAUACGCCGUACACGGAGCAAUGCGAGUUUUGACCGAAUUUACUUCCGAUCUUACCGACAAUCAAUUACCUAAUGUGGGACCAGUGAUUCUUCAAGAAAUGUAUAGAAUAUUUCAGAGCGAAAAUCAAUACUCCAUUAGAACUCGAGGGCGCGCGGUUGAAAUUUUUACGACGAUCACGUCGUUAGUUGCCGCUACGGGAGUAUAUCAAAAAGGAUUUACAGAACAAUAUCUACAACCAGUUAUUCCGAUGUUUUGCGAGAAAUUUGUACAAUGUUUGCGAGUUCCUGAUGGUCCAACCAGCGACAGCGGGCUUAAAACCGACGUGAUCAAAGCUAUAAAUUGCCUGGUCACCAAAUUACCUAAAUACGUGUCGAGUUUCUUACCUCAGAUGUUACCGCCUGUUUGGGAAACUUUAACGCAAAGCGCGAAAAUUUAUCAAGAAGGAUCGGUGAACGGAGAUGGGGAUACAAAUAAUAAAGAGGUCGAUUCGGAUGGCGAGGUGAUCAACUUCAGUAACUUGAUCAUCGCGAUAUUCGAGUUUGUUCAUUCUAUCGUGGAUCGUAAACGUUUCUCGAACCUGUUGGAUAAUUUACUGCAAGAAUUAAUGUACUACCUAGUUAUUUUCAUGCAAAUAACCGACGACCAAAUCGAACAAUGGACGACGAGUCCGAAUCAGUUCGUCGAGGAGGACGACGUAUUCGCUUACAACGUUCGCAUUUCUGCGCAAGAGUUAUUAACGGCGCUCGUUAAUUAUUCCGAGGAAAAAGCAGUGAACGCGCUUUGCGAGGUAGUGACGCGUCACGUCGAAGCAACGAAUAGAUUACGAACAGCGAACGACGGAACCGAGAGCAACGAGACGUGGUGGAAACUACGAGAAUCUUCGAUUUUAGCCUUAAGUAAAAUAAAGGAUGCCGUCGUUGAGAAACAACAGGCUGGAAUGCUUCGGUUCGACAUCGUUCGAUUUUUAGACACGAUCGUUCUAGCUACUCUAAAGGACUCGGAAGCAUCGUCGCUACUUCUUGGUCGUUGUUUGUGCGUCGGUGGAAAAUACGCGGAGAUAAUGCCACCAGAAAUGAGUUCGCGUUUCCUGGAGGCAACAGUUAACGGACUGCAAGAAAAUCAACCUGCUUGUAUCCGUAUCAGCGCGGUAAAGGCCAUUUAUUGGUUUUGCAAAGCAUCGACGACGGAAAGUAACAACACGCUCGGCAAUAUUAUACGAUCUCAUUUGCCGAACAUAUUUCAAGGGCUGUUUAAUCUAGCCAAUCAACCCUCCACCGAAAUCUUGACGUUAGUCAUGGAAACUUUGCAAGUGUUGGUUCUGUUGGACAAGGCGUUCACCGGUUCGGUGGAGAACAAAGUGUGUCCGCUGACGAUCGCCGUGUUCCUGAAAUUCUACAGCGAUCCAGUGAUAUUGGAUCUGUGUCAAGACAUCUUCAAAAGUUUGACUCAGAAUUCCGAGUGCAUAGGACCGUUGCAGACUCGUCUGAUACCUACGUUGACCAGUAUGAUGGCCGUAACACCGAUGGAUAAAUCGAAGGACGAGAAAUGUCGGAACGUAGCUUUGGACGUUCUGCAGGUGCUGGUACAGUACUCACCGCGACCAUUGAGCAGCGCGUUGGUCGAAACGGCGUUCCCUGCCGCGUGUCAUUGUAUUCUGAAUUCAGACGACAACGAAACGCUGCAAAGCGGCGGUGAAGUGAUACGCACUUACCUGUCGGUGGCCGCUCGACAGGUGAUGGAGCAUCGGGACAACGACGGGCAAACGGGUUUACAGUACAUACUGCAAAUAGUCGGGCAGCUGUUGAAUCCGCAGUCGAGCGAGUUUACGGCUACUUUCGUGGGACGGCUGGUGACGACGUUGAUCAGGAAAGCGGGUAACACGCUGGGCGAGAAUCUCGAUCUGUUGUUAAAGGCUGUGUUGAGUAAAAUGCAGCGGGUCGAAACGUUGACCGUGGUACAGAGUUUACUCAUGAUAUACGCUCAUCUGAUAAACACCGAGUUUGACGCGGUCUUAAAUUUUCUGUCAACCGUACCGGGCCCGACAGGACAAAGCGCUCUCGCUUUCGUGCUCUCCGAAUGGGUCAGCAGGCAACACUUAUUCUUCGGUAGAUACGACCGAAAAGUGGCAACGGUCGCGCUUUGUAAGAUAUUAGAGUACGGCGUUACUCACGGCGAUAGUCGACUCAACGAAAUCACCGUCAAAGGAGACCAGAUAUUUUCAGGAAACGAGGAAGGCGUGAGGACUAGGAGCAAAGCCGAAUCACAGCCUUAUCAGUGGACCACCGUGCCAGUUUUGGCCAAGAUAUUCAAGCUGAUAAUCAACGAAUUGUCGAACGACAUCGAAGCGGUCGCUGCGAAUCAGGAGACGGACGAAUCCGAGGACGACGAAGAAGGCGACGGUGAUAACGUUUAUUUGGAUCCGGGCUACGAAACCAUGCUACUGUUGGAAGAAGCCGCGAACGAAGCGGAGGAAGACGAAGACGAUCCAGAGUUGUUGCAAGAUUCCAUAUAUCAUUUGAAUCUCAGUCAAUACUUGCAAGAUUUUUUGUUAAACUUUUCGACCCAUCAUUGCUUUCCGGCGUACGUCGAGCAUCUGAAUAUUCCGGAACGAAAAGUUUUGACCAGUUUAAAUAUCAACGUGUCGUUUAUGCAGUGAAUACGUCGAUGAAUUACUAGAUGGACGAUAUCGAUGAUAAGGACGAAAGAGAAAAUAGGAAGAAACGUUUGAAAAGGUCGAUAAUAAAAUACGCAUUUCUUUGUA